UCAGUCCCCUCAGCCUCCGCCGCCGUCCCUCUGCCUGCGCUCCGGCGCCACCUCGGGCCGGCGGUUCUCCGCGGGAGGGAGUGAGGUGGCGGGCGGCUGGGCGGGCGGCUGACGGGGGCGGCGGGGACAGCGGCGGGGCGGCCGGCGGCCCUGCGCGCUCUGCGGCGGCGUCUGGUCUCCAUGGGGUCGGCCCGCGGCGCCCGUGCGCUCUAAGCUUUUAUUUGUGUUAUGUGUACAGAGCGAACGACCAAUAUAGAAACUCACUCGGGUCGCUAGAGCUGAGAUGAGGUAACCUUGUAGUAACAACUGAUAUGGCUUAGAGUUUGUUUACGGGAUCUUUGAAUGACUUGGUGGACAGCAGAUUGUGCUUUGUCAGGACACUUUCACUGCUGCAGCAAGGGCACGUACAUCUUUCAGUGGGACUUGGAAUUCCUAGAGAAUUGCCUUUGUGAAAAGCUGGCAUAAUUUCUUUAAAUUUCAUCUCUUAGUUUCCCUUUUUGUUGUUUCAGAAAGAUAUCAAGGAACCAUGAACAACUUUAGUAAUGAAGAGUUUGACUGCCAUUUCUUGGAUGAAGGCUUUACUGCCAAGGACAUUCUGGACCAAAAAAUUAAUGAAGUUUCUUCUUCUGACGAUAAGGACGCCUUCUAUGUUGCGGACCUGGGAGACAUCCUAAAGAAACAUCUGAGAUGGUUUAAAGCUCUUCCUCGGAUCACCCCCUUUUAUGCAGUCAAAUGCAAUGAUAGCAGAACCAUAGUGAAGACCCUAGCUGCCAUAGGGACAGGAUUUGACUGUGCCAGCAAGACUGAAAUCCAGUUGGUGCAGAGUCUCGGGGUGCCUCCAGAGAGGAUUAUCUAUGCAAAUCCUUGUAAACAAGUGUCUCAGAUUAAAUAUGCUGCCAAUAAUGGAGUCCAGAUGAUGACUUUUGAUAGUGAAGUUGAGUUAAUGAAAGUUGCCAGGGCACAUCCAAAGGCCAAGUUGGUUUUGCGGAUUGCCACUGAUGAUUCCAAAGCAGUCUGUCGCCUCAGUGUCAAAUUUGGUGCCACACUCAAAACCAGCAGGCUUCUUUUGGAACGGGCAAAAGAGCUGGAUAUUGAUGUCAUUGGUGUCAGCUUCCACGUGGGAAGUGGUUGUACUGAUCCGGAGACCUUCGUGCAGGCCAUCUCUGAUGCCCGCUGUGUCUUUGACAUGGGAGCUGAGGUUGGUUUCAACAUGUAUCUGCUUGAUAUUGGUGGUGGCUUUCCCGGAUCUGAGGAUGUAAAGCUUAAAUUUGAAGAGAUCACCAGUGUAAUCAACCCGGCGUUGGACAAGUAUUUUCCAUCAGACUCUGGAGUUAGAAUCAUAGCUGAGCCAGGCAGAUACUAUGUUGCAUCAGCUUUCACGCUAGCAGUUAAUAUCAUUGCCAAAAAACGUGUAUUAAAGGAACAGACAGGCUCUGAUGAUGAAGAUGAGUCAAGUGAACAGACAUUUAUGUAUUACGUGAAUGAUGGAGUAUAUGGGUCAUUCAACUGCAUCCUCUACGAUCAUGCACAUGUGAAGCCUCUUCUGCAGAAGCGACCCAAACCAGAUGAGAAGUAUUAUUCAUCCAGCAUCUGGGGACCGACCUGUGAUGGCCUGGAUCGCAUUGUUGAGCGCUGUAACUUGCCCGAGAUGCAUGUGGGCGAUUGGAUGCUCUUUGAAAACAUGGGUGCUUACACUGUCGCUGCUGCUUCUACUUUCAAUGGAUUCCAGAGACCAACCAUCUACUAUGUGAUGUCGGGGCCGACAUGGCAACUGAUGCAGCAAAUCCAGAACCACGACUUCCCACCCGGAGUAGAGGAGCAGGAUGUUGGCACUCUGCCUGUGUCCUGUGCUUGGGAGAGUGGAAUGAAACGGCACCCGGCAGCCUGUGCUUCAGCUCGUAUUAAUGUGUAGAUACCAUUCUUGUAGCUGUUAACUGCGAGUUUAGCUUGAUUUAAGGGUUUGGGGGGGACCACUUAACUUAAUUACUGCUAGUUUUGAGAUGUCGAUGUGAAUAGGGUUGGCACAGAUGCGGCACUGUGGAAGACUAGGCGAUGGGGUCACACUUAUCCGUGUUCCUAUGGAAACUAUUUGAAUAUUUGUUUUAUAUGGAUUUUUAUUCACUUUUCAAACAUGCUACUAAAGUGUGCCCCGCGACUGCUGAGCAAGCGUUCGUAGCUUGUGCAUUGGCAGGACGGGCCAGAAGCUUAGUGUUGUGACCUGUUUUAAAGUAAAGUACCUUGAAAUAAUUA